AUGUAUUCUCACUAUGAACCCCGACAAGGAGGGAUUACACGUGAUUAUGAACUAGUUAAUGAAUCCUUCAAUACAAUAUCAAAUACAGAAACAACAUAUCAAUCAGCAAUAAGUCCACACGUUACUUAUGUACAACGAUCACGUCCAUUGGCUUUCGGUAGUCACGGUCAUAUGACUCAAGUAUAUCCAAAUUUUCGAGCAGCUCGUGAAGGUGAUGCUUUUGGUUCAGAUCUUUUUGCUUUAGCUGAUUUUUAUACAACACGUCAACAUGAAAAACAUGAACUUGAACAAUUAAAUGAUAAAUUUGCACAAGACUCAUCACGUACUAAAGAAAUGUAUGAUACUGAAAGGAAUGAAGCAAGUAAAUUAAUUGAUUCUACAAAUUCUGAUGUUGAUGCUGCUAAUGUUAGCGUACAACAAGCUGAACAAGAAGUUAAACGACUACGAGUACGAUAUCAUGAAGUAACUAGUUUAAGAGAAACUGAUCGUGUACUCUUCAUCAACUAA